AGCAGGCAGUAGAAUAUAAGAAAGUGUAGAAGUGUAGAAACUGGCCAAACUUCAUGUCUACAUCCUCAACAAAAGAAGAGUCCACUCUUGAAGUCCGUAUGCGAUGUUCAAAUCGCUCCUCGCGUUCGCCGGCCGUGCUGACGACGGGUCAGACUAUGUAUUCCCGACAGUGAACCCGAAGGAAGAUGGACCGGAUUGCACGAAAGAUUGCGCUGACUGCACUGUUCGAUACCCAUCAAGAUUCAAAGUAGAGACCAGUCGUCAGCUAUAUGGCCACAUCAAACCAUUCACCACGCAUCUUCUGGUGGCUACUGGCAAGGACGACUGGGCGGAGAAAGUCGAGCGGGAGCGAGGAAGUUUGAUGGAGGCACUCCACGACAGCUCUGCAACAGAUAAAUUGCGAGUCAUGAUAUCAGCAGCGAAUAUCCCCGUGGAUGGAGAUGACAGUAACGCAGAGAAAGGCAGCACUGUUUUGGUUCUACCAUCUUUCACUCUUGUCAACUCCGUGACAAGUAAUGAUAUUCCGGAGCUGAUCGACCGCUUCGUCGCGCCUAAUAGUAAAGAGGGAGGAGACAGCGCAGUUGAAAAGCCCGGACGGCUCGCUUCACGCCCCUGCCCGCAUGAUUAUGUUGUUCUUCUCUGCUCGCACCGAAGACGAGAUGCCCGCUGCGGUAUCUCUGCGCCGUUAAUCAAGAAGGAACUGGAAAGACAUCUCCGGCCACUAGGUUUAUACCGCGACGCGGACGAUGAGCGUCCCGGAGGUGUUGGAAUCUACUAUGUUUCCCACGUGGGAGGCCACAAAUUCGCAGCCAAUGUUCUCGUCUACAGAAAACAAGAUCAGCAGAUGAUCUGGCUGGCCAGAAUUCGACCGGAGCAUUGCGAAGGCAUCGUCAAGUACACGAUUCUGAAAGGGAAAGUCGUGCAUCCAGAAUCGCAGCUGCGGGGAGGAUUUGACAGGACGCGGGGAUUGACGAGUUGGUGAUUCCGUGGCGUGUAUUUCUUCUGUUCUUGCAUCGUGGUGUUCACAUAUUCUGUUAAGAAGUCUAAGUACAGUGUUAUUACUGGGCAGUUUGACAAUGCUCAGUGUGCUUAAGCCACACUAGCUACAACAUGGAUACAUUAUUGAAUUGGUCUUCCAGUUGUCAAUGGUUCUUUGCUCCACAGUCCAUGGAACUACUCUACUCUGGU